UGCCUCCAAAGAAAAUAUAGAAAGAAACAGGACGAUUUCUUUCACGUCUGUCUCGCUUCAACUCCAUUACGUUCUUCCUCUUCUUUGCUUCUUAAACCGCAACAGCAAUCUCUCCACCUGACUUUGUGUAUAUAUAAAUCCCAUUUUUGCAACAUUUUCUUUCUCAUGUCCAGCGUCAAACCGAAAUCAACCUCUCUCUCUCUCUCUCUCUCUCUCUCUCUCUCUCUCUCUCAAUUUUGAAGGCCCUGAGGAAUAAUGGAGGGAAAGAACAGGCUUCUUCAUGGGACGUUGGAAGCUACCAUCUUCCAUGCGACAACUUAUACACCACUUUUCCCACUCAGCUGCAUAUUAGCAUAUGGAAAGCCCGUCUAUGUUACGAUCCAGAUAAACAACGAAACAGUUGCCAAGACUAGCCAAGAACGUGAUCGCAUAUGGAAUCAAACGUUUCAGAUCCUCUGUGCUCAUCCAUUCGAUUCAGCCAUCACUAUCAUGAUGAAAGCAAGUUGUGUAAUCCUGGGAAAGAUCCAUAUCCGGGGAGAUCAGUUACUAAAUGAAGCUAGUUUGGUUCAUGGGUUUUUCCCUCUUCAGAUGGAAAACGGUCAGCUGAAUGAGAAAUUGAAACUUCAGCUAAUCCUAUGGUUCAAACCAGCAGAGAUAGAGCCGAGCUGGUCGAAGAUACUCGCCAACGGCAAAUUCGGCGGCCUUCGGAAUGCCACAUUUCCUCAGAGAUCGAACUGCCAAGUCACCCUUUAUCAAGACGCUCAUCAUCUCUCCGGGUUCCACCCUCCAUUAGGCUUCUGCUGGACUCCGAGGAGGCUCUGGGAGGAUAUGUUCGAGGCCAUUGAAGGUGCAAAACAUCUGAUUUACAUUGCAUGCUGGUCUCUCAAUCCAAACAUGGUUCUGGUCCGCAACCCGGAAACGAGCAUUCCACAUGCUUUUGGAGUUAGUGUAGGUGAAUUGCUGAAGCGAAAGGCCGAGGAAGGUGUAGCAGUGAGAAUUAUGCUUUGGGACGAUACAACGUCACUGCCCAUAAUCAAGAACAUGGGAAUAAUGAACACUCAUGAUGAGGACGUCCGCGAUUACUUUAGGCACACCAAAGUUGUGUGCAGAUUAUGCCCUAGAUUAAACUACAACUUCCCGACUUUGUUUACUCACCACCAGAAGACUAUCACAGUCGACGCGCCGAUGCAUAAUAAUCCAAGCGACCGAGAGCUUGUGAGUUUUCUUGGGGGAGUAGACCUCUGUGCUGGCCGAUUUGAUACGGAAGAACAUUCUUUGUUUCGCACACUCAAUACGGAGCUCCACGGUCAAGAUUUUUACCAAACAAAUAUUUCAGGAGCUAACCUUCAAAAAGGCGGGCCGAGGGCACCGUGGCACGACACUCAUGCGCGUAUCAUGGGCGAGGCUGCUUGGGAUGUGCUGACCAAUUUCGAGCAGCGAUGGACCAAGCAAUGCGACCCUUCUCUGUUAGUUCCCGCCACUUCCACAGCAAAUCUGGCUCCAGAAACUGCUUACAGCAUUUCAGCCGAACGGGAUUGGAAUGUGCAAAUCUUCCGGUCAAUCGACCACGUAUCGGCUAGCCAAAUGUUCAGAACUCUUACUGUGGAGAAAAGCAUCCAUGAAGCUUAUGUCGAAGCAAUUAGGCGCGCCGAGAGGUUUAUAUACAUCGAGAACCAGUACUUUAUAGGCGGAUGCCAUCUGUGGGAGAGAGACACUCACAGUGGUUGCGCAAAUCUAAUCCCGAUCGAAAUUGCUCUAAAGGUGGCGAAUAAAAUCAAAGCAAAAGAGAGAUUUGCCGUAUACAUAGUGAUACCGAUGUGGCCGGAAGGAGUGCCCGAAAGCGAACCGGUGCAGGACAUAUUACAUUGGACCAGGCAAACCAUGGCAAUGAUGUAUAAGUUGAUCGGGGAAGCGAUACGAGAAAGCGGCGAACCAGGGCACCCGAGAGAUUAUUUGAACUUCUUCUGCCUCGCAAACAGAGAAGAGGAAGUUAAAGGCGAGUGGACUCCUCAGUCUCCUCCGCAACCUGCGACGCAGUAUUGGAAUGCUCAGAAGCAUAGGAGGUUCAUGGUUUAUGUUCAUUCCAAGCUCAUGAUAGUGGAUGAUACAUACAUCUUGAUCGGAUCCGCAAAUGUAAACCAGAGAUCGAUGGAUGGCCAAAGAGACACAGAGAUCGCCAUCGGGUGUUACCAGAUGAAAGAUGGCGAAAACCAGAUGGCUCGUGGAGAAAUACAUGCGUACCGUAUGUCACUUUGGUACGAGCACACUAGGCAAGCCGAAGAGAUGUUUCAAGAACCUCAGACUUUGAAAUGCGUGGAGAGGAUGCGCUUCAUCGGAGAGGAAAUGUGGGAAAUAUAUAGCAGCGAAGAAGUGGUGGACAUGGAAGGUGUUCACCUGGUCAAGUACCCUAUCGACGUAAAGCAAGAUGGCUGUGUCGAGGACUUGGUCGACGGCGACGGCCACUUUCCAGACACCAAAACUCUGGUAAGAGGAAAGCGAUCGAUAUUUCUUCCACCUAUACUCACGACAUGAACAGGAAAAUAGGGAGAAACGUAAACAUUGUACAUACAUACCGUUGAAUAAAGGAUUCACAUGUUCAUUGUUUC